AUGGAAGUUGCAGAUAGAAUGAUGUCAAAUGGCGUCGAUAACGAUAGACGUAGUUCACCAAGUCCACACAGAGGUAAUGGUGAUAUGAACAAUGGAAAUGGAAAUGGAAAUCGUGACAGCAGGGAACGUUCACCACCAAGAGGUAACAGUAGAGAACGUUCACCACCAAGAGGUGGAUCACCAAACAGAGGUGGUUCUCCAAACAGAGGUGGUUCUCCAAAUAGAGGUGGUUCACCAAAUAGAGGUGGUUCUCCAUCAAGAGAUGACAAAAGACGUUAUGGUAAUGGUGGUAAUGGCGAAACUAGAAAUAGAUUAGCAAAUACUGCUUCACCAAGUAAUGUGUUGGGUGUAUUUGGUUUAGCACCACAAACUGAAGAAAGAGAUUUAAAGGAUGAAUUCUCAAGAUUUGGUAAAAUUGAUCAUGUUGAUCUCAUUAUGGACAGAAAGACUGGUCGUUCUAAAUGUUUUGGUUUCGUUUACUUUGAAAACAAAGAAGAUGCUGUCAGAGCCAAAGAAGAAUGCCAAGAUUUACAAUUACAUGGUAAGAGUAUCCGUACUGAUUUCUCUGCAACCAAGAAACCACAUGAACCAACUCCAGGAAAAUAUUUUGGUAAUCCAAGAUACGACUCUAGAAGAUCUCCACCAAGAUUCUCACCAUACGGAGGUGGUGAUAGAUAUGGUAGAGGUGACUAUGGCGGUAGAGGAGGUGGUGGUGAUAGAUAUGGUAGAGAUGAUAGAGGCGGUGAUAGAUAUGGUAGAGAUGAUAGAGGUGGUGACAGAUAUGGUGGAAGAGACGAUAGAGGUGGUGACAGAUAUGGUGGAAGAGACGAAAGAGGUGGUGACAGAGGUGGUGACAGAUACGGUAGAGACGAUAGAGAUAGACACAGAGAAGAUAGCAGAGAUAGAUACAACGAUAGAGGUGGUGACAGAUACAACGAUAGAUUUAGAGAUGAAAGACCAAGAGAUAGUUACAGAAGAUAG